GAAAGAGAGAGAGAGAGAGAAACUGGGUCUCAUUCAUUCUGUAGCCCUUGCUAAUAAGCCUCAAAGUCCUGGGCGAUCUUCCUGUGUGCUCAGCCUUCCUAGGGCCGAAUGAUUACUACUAAGGGCAAAAUAAUUUAGUUGCUUCCCUUAGGAAGGAGUUUGACAGUUCCCAGCACAAGAUCUCCAGAAGCCGGGCCUUAAGGAUCCUCCUUGCUCUAAGCCAGGCUCCUGAGGCAGACACCGACCUGGUUCGGGUCCCGCCACUGCCUCUGUUUAAGCCCAGGUCUCAGACUGCAGCAGGGAGGGUCGCAUCAGUGUCUGCCUCCCACCGGCCAGGAUUCACUCCGCAGGUGCCCUGGCAGGUGAAGAAGCCAGGAGCGCAGACCCAGAGCUCCAGGGCUCUUCUGCCUUCUGCGGCCUCUGGAGGCCCGCCCUGAGGGCCCAGCAGGGGCCAAGAGACCUUCCCGGUCCCGCCCCCAGGAUGCGUUUCUAGUCCGCAGGCCUCGCUGGCGUGUUGCUGCAGCUGCUCCGCAGACCCUCUUGACAAGGACUAUAGCAUAAGACUUCCUCUUGGCUAGAAGAUGAGAUGGAAGGAGGAGGAAGAGAACUGUUUAAUUCAAUUUAGUUAAAUAAUUAGUUCGCCACCUCAUGAGACACAACAACUCUUUAAAAAACAAACAUAAACAAUGACAAAGCCACCAAAAGAACUAUGAAGAAAAACAGCCUGGAACAAUGAAGUUCAUUUUCUUCCUGUUUGUUGGUGGUGUUCACCUUUUAUCCCUGAGCUCUGGAAAAGCCAUAUAUAAGAAUGGCAACCCUCAGCGAACAUUUCAAGAAAUAAAGGAGGAAGUAGACAGUUAUAAAGAUGUUGCUGAAGCAAUUAUCAACCUUGCUGUUUAUGGUAAAUACCAGAACCGUUCCUAUGAACGUUUGGGACUUCUAGUUGAUGCUGUUGGACCCAGACUGAGUGGCUCUAAGAACCUAGAGAAAGCUAUUCAAAUCAUGUACCAAAACCUGCAGCAAGAUGGGCUGGAAGAUGUCCACCUGGAGCCGGUCAGAGUACCCCACUGGGAGAGGGGAGAAGAAUCUGCAGUGAUGCUGCUGCCUAGAAUUCACAAGAUGGCUAUUUUGGGUCUUGGCAGUAGCGUUGGAACUCCCCCAGGAGGCAUCACAGCAGAAGUGCUGGUGGUGACCUCAUUUGAUGAACUUCAGAGACGGGCAUCAGAGGCAAGAGGGAAGAUCGUUGUUUAUAACCAGCCUUUUACUAGCUAUGGAGUAACAGUGCAGUACCGUGUGCGGGGAGCUGUGGAGGCUGCCAAGGUGGGGGCUGUGGCAUCCCUUAUCCGAUCAGUAGCUUCCUUUUCCAUCUACAGUCCUCACACAGGUUUUCAGGAAUAUCAAGAUGGUGUGCUCAAGAUUCCAACAGCCUGUAUCACAGUGGAAGAUGCAGAAAUGAUGUCAAGAAUGGCUUCUCGAGGGAACAAAAUUGUUGUUCAUCUAGAGAUGGGAGCAAAGACCUAUCCAGACACUGAUUCCUUCAACACUGUAGCAGAAAUCACUGGGAGCAAGUAUCCAGACCAAGUUGUGCUGAUCAGUGGACAUCUGGAUAGCUGGGAUGUUGGGCAAGGUGCCCUGGAUGAUGGUGGUGGAGCCUUCAUAUCAUGGGAAGCACUCUCACUUGUUAAAGAUCUUGGGCUGCGUCCAAAGAGGACUCUGCGCCUGGUGCUCUGGACAGCUGAAGAACAAGGUGGCAUUGGUGCUUCCCAGUAUUAUGAGCUACAUAAGGCAAAUGUUUCCAAGUACAGUCUGGUGAUGGAGUCUGACUCAGGGACCUUCUUACCCUCUGGGCUACAGUUCACCGGCAGUGACAAGGCCAGGGCUAUCAUGAAGGAGGUCAUGAAUCUGCUGCAGCCCCUCAAUGUCACCAAGGUCUUUAGUGGCGGAGAAGGAACUGAUAUUAACUUCUGGAUCCAAGCUGGAGUGCCUGGAGCCAGUCUGCGUGAUGAUUUGUACAAAUAUUUUUUCUUCCAUCAUUCCCACGGAGACACUAUGACUGCCUUGGAUCCAAAGCAGAUGAAUGUUGCUGCUGCUGUUUGGGCUGUUGUCGCUUACACUGUUGCAGACAUGGAAGAAAUGCUGCCCAGGUCCUAAGGAAAACAAGAAGGAAGGUCUUGAUCUCUCUGGCUAGGAAUCCUAGCUCUGCAUUUUCACAAAACAGUGUUAUGCACUUAAUCUACAAGGCACAGAUUUCUUUAUACUUUUUGCUAAUCAUUGUUUCUUGAUACUUUAACUGCUUCUAGAAUAAGGAAUGCUCACCACUACUCCACAGAAUCAGUACCAUCUUGAAAAUAUUGUUUCCAGUUUAAAAAUAAGCAAUAAAUCUUUGAAAAACC